AUGGAGUCUUCACAACCCGAUCCCUCCCCAGGCCUAUCGCCUCACCUCCACAAUGUCUUAACCGACCUCCACCGACGACCAUACCCACACGUCCCCAACCCACCCCUAUGCAAGAAACGCGCCUCCGUCGCCCUAAUCCUCCGCAUCCGCCCAACAUACAACCACUGGCCCAGCGCGACAGACAUCGACAUUGGAGACCCAGAUCUAUCCGUCGAAGACCGACUGGACGACUUCUUCUCCCAGCCCUGGGUCCAGCACGGUGAUCCGGAGGUCCUGUUCAUCAAGCGCGCCUCGCGCCCAGGGGAUCGCUGGACCGGCCAUGUCGCAUUACCGGGCGGAAAGCGAGACCCCGAAGAUGAGGAUGACAAGGCCGCUGCUAUACGGGAAGCUUCUGAGGAAAUUGGCUGGGACUUGACGACAGAUGAUUGUAUUUGUGUGGGUAAUUUGCCCGAGCGGGUGGUCACCACCAGCUGGGGAUCGGUGCCGUUGAUGGUUCUUUGCCCUUUCGUGUUUAUCACGACGCGGAGUGAUUCUCCGAUGCUGCGGCUGCAACCCACGGAGGUAGCUUCGACGCAUUGGAUCCCGUUGCGCGCACUGCUGUCGUCCUCCUUUCGCACGGUCGAACAUGUGGAUAUGUCCCAGCGAUUCGCGAGACAGGGUGGAUUCCUGACUAGAUUGGCCGUCCGGUCCAUGCUAGGCUGGAUGCAAUUCUCAGCCGUCCGAUUACUCCCCGCCGAGACGGUGCAGUGCACCUCGAUCCCGGGAUUCGUACCAGACGAUCAGAGCGGCAAGGGACUGUCGUUACUUCAGCGCUUCAAAUCAUGGACCCUGAGUAACCAGGCUGAUUCCGGAGACCUCAAUCGUCCGCUGCUGCUCUGGGGUCUUACGCUGGGCAUCUUGGCCGAUUUCUUGGAUAUGCUUCCUCCGCAUAAUACAGUCCAACAGUGGAAAUACCCAACAUUUACGGCGCCUGAUUUGCGGUUUAUUGUUAGUAUUCUGACGUACAAUUUGCGGAAACGGAAUAUGCGGAUGGUGAAAUCGGGGGCUCGGACGAGUGAUACGGCUUUGGAUGCUGAUACGGCCGCUUUGUCGGUUACCCCAGGCUCGAAUAUCUCGAAGCACGAUGAUAAUGAGGUUGGAAUUGGCGGCCUUGGGGUGGGCCGGUAUUAUGGACCUUCUGAUCGUGCUUCGGAUGGAACUUCGUAUGCUGUUGGGAUUAUGCUGCGUGGAUAUUACCAGCGGCUGCGAGUGGCUAUCUACGUAUUCCUUGCGUGGCGCGUGACUUUGGGGUCGGCGGCGGCCUUUGCAGCAUGGCGAUUGAUUCGGCGACGACUGAAAUAA